AUGCCCCGGCCACGCGCUCUCGUGUAUCGCGGGCCCGCGAGCAGCCACGGCCUGCCCGAAGCCGUCGCCAGACUUCUAGAGUCUUGCCCGCGGCGGUUCGAGGUCCAGUACGCCGGCCCAAGCGAGGCCGUCCAAGUGUCGCACGAAACCUUGAGCGAGGUAGACUUGUACGCGCAGCCGGGGGGCCCGGACCUCGACGACGCCUGGGCCGAGACCAGGGCCUUUGCGCCCGCCAUCCGCAGGUUCGUCUCCCGCGGCGGCCGCUACGUAGGCUUCUGCCUGGGCGCCUAUCUCGCCGGGCACACGCCGGGGUUCGGGCUGCUGCCCCGCGGCGCCGACACGGACGCCGAGAACGACCAGGAGGGCGCGCAGGUGACGACCGACGCCGACGCCAUCGUCCAGGUCGACUGGCGCUUUGCCACGGGGCCCCAGGCCGGCCGGACCGCCGCGGGCCGAUGGCUGUAUUUCCAGGAGGGCGCUGUGAUUCGGGGCCUGCGCGAGAGCGAGACGGCCAUUGUGCUGGGCCGGUACUCCCACGGCGGCAGGGUGGCUGCGUCGCUGACCAAGUAUGGCGAGGGCUGGGUCGGGCUCGUUGGGCCGCAUCCAGAAGCGACCUUGGAGUGGUUUGCCGUUGAGAAUCUCGACUGUCCGCACGGCGAGCAGUUUGACAUUGGGCACGAUUUGAUCGAGGCCACUAUGGCGGGCGGCCGAGUGCGCUGA